AUGGAUAUCGGUUACAAAUUGAAAAUGGAAAAUCCCAAAAAAAGGGUGAACUGCAUAAUAAAAUUAUUUUUUGGAUGGAUGUAUCAAACUGUAAGAAAAGGUGCAAAACAAUGCUUAGAACUUAAAGACCUAUACAUAGUACUGGACAAGGAUAAAUCAGAAAAGUUGGCAAAUAAAUUGGAAAAGAAUUGGAACGAUGAACUGAAUAAAGCUAAAUUGAAAAGUGGAAUUCCAAGUUUUUUGAAAGCCAUUCAAAAAACUUUCUGUUUUGAAUUUAUGUUAUACGGUUUGCUAUGGUUUAUCUUAAAUGUAUGCAUACGCUGCGCCCAGCCGAUAAUUUUAGCAAAACUGAUCUCCUGUUUCUCAGAAACUUAUAAGGGCACAGACGAACAACUAGAUAAGGAUAUUUACGGCGUUUUGCUAGUUGGUGUAACAGGUUGCGGCAUGUUUAUAACCCAUCACACAAACUUUGGACUAGCAAUUAUUGGUAUGAGGAUUAGGAUUGCAGCUUCGUCCCUAGUAUAUAGAAAGCUGAUCAGACUAAACCAAAAGUCACUGGGACAAACAACAACUGGUCAAAUAGUGAAUUUGUUAGCAAACGAUGUGAAUCGAUUUGAUUUGGUCACAAUUCCACUGCACGCUUUAUGGGUAUUACCGUUCCAAGUAGGUCUACUAUCUUGGUUUAUUUGGACCGAAGUUGGUAUAUCCGCGGUAGCUGGUAUCGUAACUGUAGUCAGUUUUAGUGUACCCUUACAAGUUUAUCUUGGAAAAUAUAUCGGAAAAUUUCGUUCAAGCAUAUCAAAAAAGUCAGACGCAAGAGUAAAACUGAUGAACGAAAUAAUUUCUGGAAUACAAGUCAUCAAAAUGUACGUUUGGGAAAAACCAUUCGAAAAAAUUGUUGAAUUGGCAAGAGAAAAUGAAAUUAAAGAUAUCACGAGUACGUCAUAUUUAAGAGGAAUUUUCGCAAGCUGUAUGGUAUUUCUAGAUAGAACUGCAUUAGCUGUCACUGUAAUUUGUUACGUUUUACUUGGAAACAAUAUUACCGCGAGCACAGUAUUCUCAUUGGCUCAAUCAUAUAAUCUUCUACAAGCUGCCAUGGCUAUAUGGUUUCCGAUGGCCAUUAGCCAUGGAGCGGAAGCAUGGAUUUCAGUUAAGAGGCUACAAGAAUUUUUGAUGUUAGAAGAAAGGCAACAACCUAACAUAGAAAAGACGAAAAAGAAAGGUGUUGUACUUAGUAGUGUAAAUGCGUCUUGGGAAGAGUCUAUAACGACUUUAACGGACAUUUCUUUGACAAUACCACCAGGAACUCUGUGCGCUAUUGUUGGACCUGUAGGUGCAGGAAAAUCGUCGUUGUUGCAGAUUCUGCUUGGAGAAUUACCCUCGAAAUCUGGAAAAAUUCAAAUAGGUGGUGAAAUUUCAUAUUGUUCACAAGAACCGUGGCUUUUCCAAUCAACAGUGCGAAACAAUAUCCUAUUUGGAAGAAAAUACGAUAAGUUUUUCUAUGAAAAAGUGGUUAAAGUGUGUGCAUUGGAAAGGGAUUUUGAACAGUUUCCUUUAGGAGAUAAAACAGUUGUGGGCGAACGAGGAGUUUCCAUAAGUGGAGGACAAAGAGCAAGGAUCAAUCUUGCUAGAGCUGUUUAUAGACAAGCAGAUAUUUAUUUAUUCGAUGAUCCCUUAUCUGCUGUAGAUACCCACGUUGGAAAACAACUGUUUAAAGAAUGCAUCAAUAGACACCUGAAAGGAAAGAUAAGAAUUUUAGUAACGCAUCAGUUACAAUAUCUGAAACAAGCUAAUUUGAUUAUUGUUGUAAAUAAGGGAACAAUUGAAGCUCAAGGUACCUUUGAACAACUCUCCAAUUCUAAAUUGGAUUUUACUAAAUUAUUAGCAGCUGCAGACGAAACACACGAAAAACAAGAGCAAGAGUCUGGGUUCUCCGAAUUUAUGUUAACCAUUUCAAGUAGACGAACUUCUAUUUCUUUGGAUAGCAAAUCUGAUACCAUUGAUUACGUACAAGAAUCUCAGAAUAUUGAAGAAGAAGAUUCAGGAAAAGAUACAAAUCCACAAGCCUUUAGGAAAUAUCUCUUAGCCACUAAUAAUAUAUGCCUUCUUUCUUUAUUGAUUAUGAUAAUGGUUUUAGCCCAAAGUUUAUGCGCAGGUGCUGAUUUGUGGGUAGCAUUUUGGACUACACAAGAAGAGUUACGACAUUUUAAAAGUAACUCUACUUUACUAAAUUCCACAUUAGACCCACCAGUAACUGAAACAGUUCAAGUAUACAUGUUGGGAGAUUCAAUUCACCCUCGUCAUAUGUACACUUAUACUCAUCAAGUUCAAAAGAAUACAUCCGCAUUCACUUCUUCACCUGAUGGCAUUUUUGAUCAUAUAACAAUCGAUAAUGAAAAUCAUAGACUAAUUAAAACAUAUUAUGCUAUGUACGUUUACGGAGGGUUGAUACUAGUUGCCAUUCUGUUGACCACAGGAAGAUCGUUUUUAUUUUUCAAAAUGUGCAUGAUGUCAUCGAAAAAUUUGCACUCCAAAAUGUUUCAUUCAUUGUUGAAAGCCCCGAUGAGAUUUUUUGAUACCAAUGCAAGUGGACGAGUUCUUAAUAGAUUUUCGAAAGAUAUUGGAGCUAUAGAUGAAACUUUGCCAAGGGUAUUACUAAAUGCUGUUCAGAUUGUAUUAGUAAUGGCUGGAAUUUUGAUUAACGUUUCAAUAUCUAAUCAGUAUAUGAUCAUCGCUAUGGUUAUUUUAGGGACAAUAUUUUUCAAACUUCGAGGAUGGUAUAUUUUGACAGCUAAAGCUCUCAAACAUCUAGAAGGAAUUACAAAAUCGCCAGUUUUUUCACAUGUUAACUCAACCAAAAACGGAAUAGUGACCAUCAGAGCAUUAAACGCACAAAAUAUUUUAACAGUGGAAUUUGACAAUCAUCAGGAUGUUCAUACCUCAGCAUGGUAUCUGACUCUAUCUUGUAUGUUCUCGUUUGGAUUAUGGCUCGACUUGAUAUGCUUAAUAUUCGCAGCUACUGUCAUAUUUAGCUUUAUUUUCUUAUAUAAUGUGAGUGGUAGUAUGGUUGGUCUAGCCAUUUCUCAGUCAUUGGUUCUAACGGGAAUGUUGCAAUAUGGAAUGCGUGAAACGGCGGAAGUUAUCAACCAACUUACCAGUGUAGAAAGAGUUUUGCAGUACACCACAAUUGAUCAAGAAGGACCUUUUGAGACAGCCAAAGAAAAUAUUCCAAGGAGGCCUUGGCCAAGAAAUGGUAGAAUAGAGUUUAAAAAUUUAGUUUUGAAGUACAUUGAAGAUGAUCCACCAGUAUUAAAUAGUCUCAAUUUCUUCAUAAAACCAAGACAGAAGAUUGGUAUUGUUGGCCGUACAGGCGCUGGGAAAUCUUCACUAGUAGCUGCAUUAUUCCGUUUAGCACCACUGGAAGGUUACAUAUUUAUAGACGAUGUAGAUACUGGAACACUUGGUUUGAACGAUUUGAGAAGAAGUAUUUCAAUUAUACCACAAGAACCAGUGCUUUUUUCAGCUACUUUAAGACACAACUUAGAUCCUUUCGAUGAAUUCGAAGAUAAUCAGAUAUGGCAAGCGUUGGAACAGGUUGGACUGAAAGAUUCGGUAGAUUCUUUAGAGUUCUUGGUAGCUGGAGGAGGAGCUAAUUUCAGCUUAGGGCAGAGACAGCUAGUAUGCUUAGCUAGAGCAGCUUUAAGAAACAACAAAAUUCUUAUAUUGGAUGAAGCAACAGCUAACGUUGAUCUUAGAACUGACUCAUUCAUUCAAACUACAAUUCGCAAGAGGUUCAAGGAAUGCACAGUUCUAACUAUCGCCCAUAGGCUUAACACCAUCAUGGACUCUGACAAAGUUUUAGUUAUGAAUUUUGGUCAAAUAGUCGAAUUUGACCAUCCACACAAACUUUUGCAAAUCCCAGGCGGCCAUUUACAUAAAUUAGUAAUGGAGACAGGACCUACAAUGUCUUUGCAACUUAAAGAUAUUGCCAUGGCAGCUUUUGAAAACAACGAGGAUGCGUACUAAAAUUUUACAAACUUAAUUACAUAAUUAUUUGGUAAUAAGAUGUCGCAAACCUGGUGUUAGGUUCUUAGAUUAAGAAAUAUCAUAUUAAUGAUAAUAAUUAUAUUUCUAUGAAGUAGAAUUAGACUGCUGUACCAGAC